AUGGAGACUCCAUCAUCAGGGACGUUGACGCCCGUCGACUUGGAAAGUGCUAGCCACGAAGGCAUUCAAAAGCGCCUCACCGUGACCUUUCGCGACAUCAAUGUUCGCGUCACGGCACCAGAUGCUGCACUGGGAAGUACGCUUUGGUCAGAGGUUGAUCCCCGUCAGCUUCGCAGUCUAUUCACACGACAGCAGAAGCACAAAAGGACAAUCUUGAAAGAUGUUUCGGGACAGGUUAAACCGGGGGAAAUGCUUCUGGUUCUCGGUCGUCCAGGAUCUGGUUGCACAUCUCUUCUUCGGGUCCUUUCAAAUGACCGUGAUACUUUUGAUGAAGUCAGUGGUGAGACUCGAUUCGGAAGCAUGGACCACAAAGCUGCAAAGCAGUUCCGUCAGCAGAUCAUGUUCAACAACGAAGAUGAUGUUCAUUUCCCAACUCUGACUGUGAAUCGGACGAUGAAGUUCGCCCUCCGUAACAAAGUUCCCGAGGAGCGACCUGAUACAUUAGCCGAUCGCAAAAACUACGUGAUGGACAAACGUGAUGAUAUCCUUGAGUCACUCGGCAUUGGGCACACGAGGAAAACCCGUGUCGGCAAUGAGUUCAUUCGCGGUGUUUCGGGUGGUGAACGCAAACGUGUCUCGCUAGCGGAAGUAAUGGCAGGGCAGAGCCCAGUCCAGCUUUGGGAUAACCCUACGCGCGGCCUGGAUUCAAAGGCUGCGGUAGAGUUUGCACGACUCUUGCGACGAGAAGCGGACGAGAAUCAAAAAACCAUUAUCACAACCACCUAUCAGGCUGGAAAUGCAAUCUACGAUACUUUCGACAAGGUUCUUGUUUUGGCUGAUGGCAGAGUGAUUUACUAUGGCCCUCGUCAUUUGGCUAGAGGGUACUUCGAAUCACUCGGCUUCAAUUGUCCCAAGGGCGCCAAUAUAGCAGAUUUUCUCACGUCUGUUACCGUCCUCACUGAGCGAAUUGUCCGUGCUGGAUGGGAGGAUAAGGUGCCGAACACCCCGGAGGAAUUCGAGUCCCGUUAUCACGCCAGCUAUAUCUAUCAAGAGCAGAUGGAUAAGAUGGACUCCCCCGAAAAAUUGACCCACGAGACGGAGGACCUGAAGGUCGCAGUAUCCAGCGAAAAGCAUAGGCAGCAUAUUCCUCGCAGUCAGAGUGUCUAUACUGCAAAAUUGUUGGAUCAGGUUCGAUCUUGCACUCUUCGUCAGUUCCAGAUUAUGUGGGGAGACAAGUUCUCCCUUAUAGUCAAGGUCGGCUCAGCCAUCAUUCAGGCAUUGGUUUGUGGAUCUAUCUUCUAUAACCUCGCCGAAGACAGCAGUUCCAUAUUCCUGCGCCCCGGUGUACUCUUCUUCCCGGUUUUAUAUUUCCUCUUAGAGUCCAUGUCUGAGACUACUGCAUCUUUCAUGGGUCGCCCGAUUCUCUCCCGUCAAAAGCGGUUUGGAUUUUAUCGUCCAACCGCCUUCUGCAUUUCGAACGCCAUCACAGAUAUUCCGGUCGUCAUGAUCCAGGUCACAUGCUUCUCGCUCAUUUUGUACUUCAUGGCUGCUUUACAGAUGGAUGCUGGAAGAUUCUUCACUUUUUGGAUCAUUAUCAUUGUGAACACCUUGUGCUUCAUUCAGCUCUUCCGGGCAGUCGGUGCGCUCUGCGCACGAUUUGGAAAUGCUUCCAAGCUCACUGGGCUGCUUUCAACAAUUUUCUUUGUCUACGGAGGCUAUUUGGUGCCUUUCCACAAGAUGCACGUCUGGUUUCGGUGGAUUUUCUACUUGAACCCAGGAGCCUACGCAUUUGAGGCGUUGAUGGCAAACGAGUUUGUUGGUCGCCAAUUUGUCUGCAAAGAGCCUGACUAUAUUCCUUACGGUUCUGGCUACCCAAGCUCUGCCUCUCCUCAUCGAGGCUGUUCUGUCCUUGGAAGCGAUGCCGAUGGCAUCAUCGACGGCGCGGCUUAUAUCCGAGAGCAGUAUAGCUAUUCGUUCCACCACAUCUGGCGCAGCUUCGGAGUCAUUGUCGGCUUCUGGUUGUUCUUUAUCUUCUUGACCUCGAUGGGCUUCGAGCUACUAAAUAGUCAGAGUGGCUCUUCUGUCCUGCUCUACAAGCGCGGAAGCGAAAAGAAGCAAACCAAGGGCGCAGCAAGGGACGCCAUGACCGAGCAAACAGCAGGACCAGCAACUCUCUCGGCCUCAGCAAAGCAGUCCAUCUUUACUUGGCAUGAUCUUGACUACCAUGUACCCUUCAAUGGAGAAAAGAAGCAACUUUUGAACAAGGUGUUUGGUUAUGUCAAACCAGGUAAUCUUGUUGCUUUGAUGGGAGCCUCUGGAGCUGGAAAAACAACACUUCUGGAUGUUCUUGCCCAAAGAAAGGACUCGGGAGAGAUCUACGGAUCGAUCCUUAUUGAUGGACGCCCACAGGGCAUUAGCUUCCAGAGGACUACAGGUUAUUGCGAGCAGUUGGACGUACACGAACCCACUGCAACCGUGAAAGAAGCGCUCGUCUUCUCCGCCAUUCUUCGUCAACCGGCCGACGUCCCCCACGAAGAGAAACUCGCAUAUGUGGAUCACAUUAUCAAUCUUCUGGAGCUUGAAGAUAUUGAGGAUGCGCUGAUUGGAGUUCCUGGUGCCGGUCUCACUAUUGAGCAGCGCAAGAGGGUGACGUUGGGUGUUGAGCUCGUAGCAAAGCCCUCCCUGCUUUUCUUGGAUGAGCCUACCUCGGGUCUUGAUGGUCAGAGCGCAUACAAUAUCGUUCGAUUCCUACGCAAGCUUGUGGAUGGAGGCCAGGCUGUUUUGUGCACUAUCCAUCAACCUUCUGCUGUCUUGUUCGACGCAUUCGACGGUCUUCUGUUGCUUGCGAAGGGUGGACGGAUGACAUACUUUGGAGAGACCGGCAAUGAGUCGAGCAAGAUUCUAGAUUACUUCGCACGCAACGGCGCACCUUGCCCACCUGAUGCCAACCCAGCCGAGCAUAUUAUCGAGGUUGUGCAAGGAAGUGGUACUUCAGAGAAGAUCGACUGGGUCGACGUAUGGAGCCAAUCUGAAGAGCGACGAAAGGCCCUCGAGGAACUUGAGGCUCUGAACAAAAAUGGUCUCGCGGAUCCAAACUAUGUGGAGGACACCGCGAACUUCGCUACCUCUCACUGGUUUCAAUUCAAGGUGGUUACUAACCGUAUGAACAUCAAGAUUUGGCGAUCACCGGACUAUAUGUGGAACAAGAUUAUUCUCCACGUUUUUGCGGCUCUUUUCAGCGGGUUCACCUUCUGGAAAGUCGGAGACGGGACUUUCAGCCUCCAAUUGCGACUCUUUGCCAUUUUCAAUUUCAUCUUCGUUGCCCCAGGCUGCAUUAACCAGAUGCAGCCUUUCUUCUUGGCUAAUCGGGACAUUUUUGAAACACGCGAAAAGAAGUCCAAAACCUACCAUUGGAUUGCCUUCAUCGGAGCUCAAACGGUUGCUGAGAUCCCAUACCUCAUCAUUUGUGCCACGCUCUACUUCGCUUGCUUCUAUUUCACCGCUGGUUUCCCGAUUAAAGCCAGCAUUUCUGGCCACUUCUAUCUUCAGAUGAUAUUCUACGAGUUCCUCUACACCUCGAUCGGUCAGGCAAUUGCUGCAUAUGCGCCGAACGAAUACUUUGCAGCUGUCAUGAAUCCCGUCUUGAUCGGUGCCGGUUUGGUCAGUUUCUGUGGUGUCGUCGUUCCUUACAGCCAGUUGCAAGCAUUUUGGCGUUACUGGCUCUACUACCUUGAUCCUUUCACCUACCUUGUUGGGGGCCUUCUCGGUGAGGUUCUGUGGGAUGUCAAAGUCCAAUGCCAGCCAUCCGAAUUCGUCACUUUCAGCGCGCCCUCAGGGCAGACUUGUGGUGAAUACAUGGCAGACUUCCUCUCGGCCCAGACCGGCUACUUGCUGGAUGGAAACUCAACAGGAACUUGCUCGUUCUGUCAGUAUUCUACUGGUGCUGACUACGCCAAAACCUUUAAUCUACAAGAGAAGUACUAUUCCUGGAGAGAUUCUGGUAUCACUGCCUUGUUCUGCAUCUCUUCUUAUGCUCUCGUCUUCUUGAUGAUGAAACUACGAAGCAAGAAGACCAAGAGUGCCCGGUCAGAGUAG